UUUUUUAAGUUUUUCUAUCCGGAAAUCUGUCCUUUAGAAUUUCCUUUGUUAGAAUUUUUAAAAUUUAAUUGGUAUAAUUCCACAUCACAUCCAAUCACAAAUAUUGGCAUCACUGAUCUGAAUUAUCCACUUAGUUUUAUCGUUAUCGAUAACGACGCCGAUAAUGAUCCGAUAAAACGGAGCUAAAUGGCCACUUCCGCGCAGAAGGGUAAGCGAGGAAAGACCGGGAAGCAGAUAAACUCCGCUAUAACCGCGAACGUGCGACAUCUGGUCAGGAACUUGUCGGAACCGGGGACCAGCCAGGAGAAGUUGCACAAGAUGGAGGAUACGGUAUCAAAGAUACUCACUAAGGAACACUGGGCAUGGGUCCGCACAGACACGGAGGUGAAACGCAGCUUGGACGAUCUGGCCGACCGUUUCCGGGUGGAAGGCAUGGCUUCUUUUGGAGAUACCAUCAAGGAGCUGGCCAACAAGUACCUGGCCAUGCAACAAAUUCAACAGCAUUCCGAUGGAUGGUCAAUGCUGGAAUUCCUUCUCCUCAUAGCCCAUAAGCCGGUGCAAAACAUCCGGCGCAACCGGGUGUUCAUGGAAGAGCACCGUCUGUGCAUGAUCGACAGCAUGGAGGCGAGUGAGCGCCAGGCAGAGGUAGAACUGGAGGCCGCCAUGCAUCCAGACGAGGAGGUGGACUGGGCAGCGUUGCUGUCCGAGGAUUUCCUGGAUCCACCAGAGUAUGACAGCUCGGACAGCUUAAGUGAUUGGUCGGAGGAGUCGGACUGCGACUCGACAUCUACUUUGAAACCCGAUGAGAUGGCCAUGGCUUAUCAGCAGGCCAUAAAGGUGGCAGACCCAAAUGGGAGGGAAAACAACAGCUACUUGCCGUCCAUGCCGGUGCAGCGCGUCAUCCGGAUAACGCCAUCAACGGUUCUGAGCCUCAACAACUAUAAGAGCAAUCAUCUGAGACGGAGCAAGCUGAUUCAGUUGCCGCCGCCCCAACCGCCCCGAACAACCACCCCAUAUUGGCAAAGUGAGAGGAACACGGACCUGCUCUCGCGUACAAUCCACUCCCUCUGGUGGCGCCCUGAUGUCCAUUUGAACGCCCUGCCCGCCAGUACAAAUCCACUGGACAACUUUGCCGUGAGCUACGUACAGUAUUUGAACCACAACGCCCGAGGCUUGUUGGCCCUGCCACUGCCCAAAACCACCACGGAGUCCUGUCUGCUAAGGGAGAUCCUCCUAAUGUUCGUGCGUCCAUCAAGCUGUUGUUUCUUUAUAUUCAACAAGGAUACGCGUCGCAUUACUGUGCGCGAUAAUGUCAGUAUCUGCACAGUGACUGCGUGCACGCUGCAAAAGUUUCUGCUUUAUAAUGUGGUGCCUGCGCUGGAGGACAUGCUGGAAGUGCAACGCAUCAUCGACACUCAUACGUUGCAUUUCGAUGGCAUAAAGACAACGAUUACCUUGGAAUGCUUUGCAUACGGCCUGCGGGAUCUUGUCCAGCCUAUUUGUCAGCUCCUAGUCGCUUACGAGGACCGUGUCAUUGAGGAUCCCGCGACAAAUACGCUGAUCAACUUUACGGUUGAGUUCAGGGAACACUUUUCCCAGCUGCGCUUGCUGCGACUGCUGGUCGAGGAGGCCAUCCUGGAUAAGGGUCCUCCGCACCUACGCAGCGCCUACUUGCUAUGCAGACUUUAUAAGCAGACCCUGCCGCAGGUGCCGCACCAGAAGAUGGCCAUUGCCUUGCUGCUUGUUUCACUAAAGCGAUACUGUAUCAUCAUCGACGGCUGGUGGCGCAGUGCCAAGCUGGAGGAUCGCCUAAACGAGUUCAUCGUGGAGCUAUGUGUCGAGGAGGACUCACAGCAACGUGGCUACGUGCGCAAACGCAGUGUGAAUUGUGAGGAAGGUGUGGAAGUCGUGGAGAUCUUCAAUAAGCUGCAAUCCUGCCCUCUUUACCAGAUACUGCUGGAGCAUGCUCUGGAGUCUGGAGAAACACAAGAUCUGCUGUCCAGUGUAAAUAAGUUGGGCGAGAUGCUGACCACCCACAAUGAAAGCCAAACGCCGUCACUGUACGAUGAGCUGGUCGCCCAGGUUUUUACCCAGAUUGAGGCUUACUGUGGUAGCAUCCCCACGGAUGAGAAAGACGAACCGGAGCCGGAGGAGGACCCAGAGCAGGCACACGACGAUCUGAUUGCGAGCAAUGUGCAGGGCAUUAGGAACCUUGAUCUCUUUGCCAUAUUUACCCAGCCGGUGCAGCAACGACGUUUAGAGCGACAACGCGAACGGCUGAGAAAGAAGCCCAUUGAAUUGGUCAACAUUUUGAAGCGUUUGGAGCGCGCCACUUGUCUGCAGCUGAAGUCUGAGCUGCCGGUGGCGCUGCGCGUAGUUCUGCAAAGGAGACAGUGCCUGGCGAACGAGUACGCAAUGCGAGCGUACUGCAAAGAGCUGCAUCUGGCUGAGAACUUGCGUUUCGUGCGGCACACGAUGAUGCUGGAGGCGUACAUACUCGUGCCCUACUACGCCGCACUCUUCGCGCGCAUUGAGAGGAACGAUAACUGGACACAGAGUUCAGUACUUACUUCUACGCUCCGCGAAGUGCUGUAUCCAUAUUACCAGCGAUUGGCUCACACCAUUCAUGUCAACGUUAUAUCCCAGAUAAACUCAAAUUCAAUUAAGGUCUAUGAGGCCCUGGAGGCUAUUGAACUUUCCUACGAGAUGCCAGUAGCCAAGCAGCGCAUCCUCACAACCAAGCACAUACAAGACUACAAUUUGGUGUGGCGCCUGAUGCUGAAGAUGAAGUGGGCCCUCUGGAAGCUGGAGACUCUGCAGAUUCUGGGCCCCGACAAGGCAGAUCCAUAUGCACCUCUUGAUUUGCUCGGCCUGACCAUCCGUCGCCUGCAGAUUGUGCGCUUCUGGCUGAUUUUCCUCAUGAACAACCUGCACACGCACGUUAUGGAGGCUGUGGGUCAGCAGCUCGAGCUCAGGAUUGGCAAGUGCAAGAACAUCCGCGAGUUGAGGAGCAUGCACGACGAGCACUUGUCGUGGCUGAAGACACAUUGCAUGCUAACCGACGAUUUCAAGUCAUUUCGCGUCGCCCUCGAGCAGCUCUUUCAUCUGGUCUUCGUGCUGGACAUGGAGUGGAACACCUGCGCCAGCUACAUGGGCGUCAACGAUGCCCUUUGCUUGGACUUCACCCUUUCGGAUGACGGCAUUGACGACGGCAAUGCGGAACGCCGUAGCUUUGAGUACCUGGCGCUCAAUCAGGUGGUGGAGAUUGAGAUAACGUACAUACGGUGCCACCAAACCCUGGCCGACAUCCUCAACACGCUGGUGUACCAGAACGAUCACAGAUUCCUGUCUGCCUUGCGGGAGACCAUCAGCUCCAGUUUGCCCCAUUAGAACUGAAUCUCCACAAAGGAUCUUGUUGCGCAUUACCAGUGCCAUUACCAAAAGUCCCAACCAAACAUUCCCAUACCAGCUGAAUUAAAAGCAGUUUAUUUUUGUUGAUGAAA